AGAAAUCCACUUCUCCACCACUGAAAAACAUUAUUUUUCUACCAAAACUAUCCCUGAAAAUCCUUUCCCUGCAAACAAAUUCCACAAGAACUGAACAACAAUCACUUCCUCAAAAAGAACAACUACAAAAACUUUUGGCAAAACAUAAAGGUCAGUUUUGUCUCAGCUCAAAAACAAUACAACAAAACUCCCUCGCUGCCACUCACAAAUACAAAACAAUUCAGUUCAUCAGUUGCCACACACCCACAAGGGCCACACCACCACCAUGGCUUUCAUGAAACUACCCUCUUCUUCUCUCUCCCACCAAACCACACUCUUCUACUUCACUGCCAACCUAAAAGGGACAAAACCCAUCUCAGUCCCAAGCCAUCUCGUCCAUUACAAGCCAAAGCGCCACCAUAAGAUUGCAGUGAGAGCUUGUGUGAAGGUUGAGGAAAAGGACAGUUAUACUGUGCAAGAGUCUUCUUCUGGGAAGGAGUGGGGGAAGGUGUCUGCUGUGCUGUUUGACAUGGAUGGAGUGCUGUGUAAUAGCGAAGAGGCGUCUAGAAAGGCGGCGGUGGACGUGUUUGCAGAGAUGGGAGUGGAAGUAACUGUGGAGGACUUUGUGCCAUUCAUGGGGACUGGUGAAGCAAACUUUUUGGGAGGUGUUGCUACUGUUAAGGGAGUUGAGGGAUUCGUUCCUGAGGCUGCAAAGAAGAGGUUCUUUGAGAUAUAUUUAGACAAGUAUGCAAAACCGAAUUCUGGAAUAGGAUUCCCUGGUGCCCUUGAACUCAUUACUCAGUGUAAAAACAAAGGCCUUAAAGUUGCUGUUGCAUCUAGUGCUGAUCGUAUCAAGGUUGAUGCAAAUCUUGCUGCUGCUGGUUUACCUUUGUCAAUGUUUGAUGCUAUUGUGUCGGCAGAUGCUUUUGAGAAUUUGAAACCUGCUCCUGAUAUUUUCUUGGCUGCAUCAAAGAUUUUGAAUGUGCCAACCAGUGAGUGUAUUGUUAUUGAAGAUGCACUAGCAGGAGUUCAAGCUGCCAAAUCUGCAAAAAUGAGAUGUAUAGCUGUGAAAACGACUCUGUCAGAAGAAACUCUAAAGACGGCUGGUCCAUCACUUAUCCGAAAUGAGAUUGGAAAUGUUUCACUUCAUGAUAUUCUCAGUGGUGGCUCUGAUGGCUAUAAUGAGAAGACGCAGGGAAAUCAGUUUCUUUCUACUUCUGCACAAACCUCACCUGCAGUGCUCACGGAAAGGACAGAUAAUGGGUCAAUCCAGAAUAGACCUGCUACUGAUAGUGGGAUAUUUUCUAUUGGGGGGUUGUGGGGUUCUCGGCGAGAUAUUUUGAGAUAUGGAAGUUUGGGCAUUGCAAUUUCUUGUCUCAUCUUUAGCGUCACAAACUGGAAGUCAAUGCAAUAUUCAUCCCCAAAAGCUAUUUGGAAUCUGUUAUUUGGAGUCAAACGGCCAUCUUUUGAAUCAAAUGAAGGUGAAUCAAGAUUUGACAGAAUCAACCAAUAUGUGACCUAUAUAUCUGAUUUGGAAACCAGGGGAACUUCUCCAACUGUGCCAGAAUUCCCACCUAAACUUGAUUGGCUGAAUACAGCUCCCCUUCAGUUUCGCAGGGAUCUAAAAGGAAAAGUGGUUCUGCUGGAUUUUUGGACCUAUUGUUGUAUAAAUUGUAUGCAUGUCUUGCCAGAUCUAGAGUUUUUGGAGAAAAAAUACAAGGAUAUGCCAUUCACAGUGGUUGGAGUACACUCCGCAAAAUUUGACAAUGAGAAGGAUUUAGAAGCCAUUCGCAAUGCUGUAUUACGCUAUGGCAUCACUCACCCGGUAGUCAAUGAUGGAGAUAUGUAUCUAUGGCGAGAGCUAGGUAUAAAUUCAUGGCCAACUUUUGCUAUUGUUGGCCCCAAUGGUAAGCUCCUUGCACAAAUAGCAGGCGAAGGACGUCAAAAGGAUCUUGACAACUUAGUGGAGGCAGCUCUUCUAUUUUAUGGCAGAAAGAAGAUGUUGGAUUACAAACCAAUUCCUUUAAGUUUGGAGAAAGAUAAUGAUCCUCGCUUAUUUACAUCUCCAUUGAAGUUUCCUGGAAAGCUAGCAAUUGAUGUCCUUAACAACAGGCUCUUCAUUUCAGACAGUAACCAUAAUCGCAUAGUGGUAACUGACCUUGAUGGAAACUUUAUUGUCCAAAUUGGGAGCACAGGAGAGGAAGGUUUACGUGAUGGUAACUUUGAUGAUGCCACCUUUAACCGCCCUCAGGGCUUGGCUUACAAUGGAAAGAAAAACAUCCUUUAUGUAGCAGAUACUGAAAACCAUGCUUUGAGGGAGAUUGAUUUUGUCAAUGAGACUGUGCGCACUCUUGCCGGAAAUGGAUCCAAAGGUUCUGACUACAGAGGGGGAGACAAAGGAACCAAUCAGCUCCUUAACUCUCCAUGGGAUGUCUGCUUUGAGCCAGUCAGUGAGAAGGUUUACAUUGCCAUGGCUGGCCAACAUCAGAUCUGGGAACACAAUACAAUAGAUGGAGUUACUAGAGCAUUCAGUGGUGAUGGUUAUGAAAGAAACUUGAAUGGAUCAAGCUCUACAAACACCUCAUUUGCACAACCUUCUGGAGUUUCACUAUCUCCUGAUUUGAAGGUGGCAUAUAUUGCGGAUAGUGAGAGUAGCUCCAUUCGAGCACUUGAUCUAAAAACUGGAGGAUCAAGAUUGCUAGCUGGAGGUGAUCCUAUCUUCUCAGACAAUUUAUUUAAGUUUGGAGACCAUGAUGGAAUAGGUUCAGAAGUACUUCUUCAACAUCCGUUGGGUGUCCUAUGUGCAAAGGAUGGUCAAAUUUAUAUAGCAGAUAGCUAUAAUCAUAAGAUCAAGAAGCUAGAUCCAGCUAGUAAAAGAGUAAGUACCUUAGCAGGGACAGGGAAAGCUGGUUUCAAGGAUGGAAUGGCCCUUGCAGCUCAGCUCUCAGAGCCAUCAGGAAUCAUUGAAGCAGAAAAUGGAAGACUUUUCAUAGCUGAUACAAACAACAGUGUAAUCAGAUAUCUAGACUUGAACAAGGAAGAAGCCGAACUUCUUACUUUGGAGCUGAAAGGUGUUCAACCUCCUGUGCAAAAAUCCAGAUCUUUAAGGCGCCUUAGAAGGCGAUCAUCAGCUGACACACUGACUGUUACUGUUGAGGGUGGUUCAUCCAAAGAGGGAAACCUGUCACUUAAGAUAUUGUUACCCGAAGAGUACCACUUCUCAAAGGAAGCACAAAGUAAAUUUAGCGUUGACAGUGAGCCUGAAAGUUCAAUGGUUAUUGAUCCUUUGGAUGGAUAUCUUAGUCCAGAGGGAUCAGCAAUACUUCAUUUUAAGAGAUCCUCCCCCUCAGCUUCGGUGGGGAGAAUAAGUUGCAAGGUUUACUAUUGCAAGGAAGAUGAGGUAUGUCUAUACCAAUCUCUGUUAUUUGAAGUACCCUUCCAAGAGGAAAUUCCGGACUCUUCCCCAGCAGAAAUCACACUUACAUAUGUUGUGAAGCCCAAAACUCCAACAAACACCUUACAGCUAUCAGUUUCCCACUGACACAAGCACCAUGAAAACAAGUUGUGAGUGCUGUCCUUUGAAGUGAACAAGGCAUCCUCAAGUCUGUCCCAGGCCCAUAUGGUGCUUUUGUCGUAAUGAUGUGCCAAACAAACAAUUGCCAUUUUUUUUGUGUAAGGCCCUGCAUUGGCUGCCUUUCAGGUGUUAUUCCCAAUUAUAUAUUUGUAUUCAUAUAAUUAUUGUUGUUGCUAUCGGUAAUUUAAUAUCAAUCACAAUCAUCAUUGUCUUAGGGUUAAGCAAGGGAUGGAUUGCAUACCAAGGCACACACUCGUGUGCACUUCUCUUUAAUUGAUUAAGUGAUGACAAUGUGGUCAAUCAUUUGUAGUUUUACUUUGUUUUCUUAAUGAGAGGAGCAGAUUAGCCCCCUA